CGUCUCCGCCUCGGCCGGCGGGGACCCCGAGCUGCAGCGGCGGCGGGGCCGGGCCGGCCCGGAGCGAGCGGAGCGCGCGGUGCGCGGCAGCCCCGGAGCCGGGGGCCGCGGCGAUGUUCCCCCGGGAGGCGACGUGGAACAUCUCGUUCGCGGGCUGCGGCUUCCUCGGCGUCUACCACAUCGGCGUGGCCUCCUGCCUCCGCGAGCACGCGCCCUUCCUGGUGGCCAACGCCGCGCACAUCUACGGGGCCUCGGCCGGGGCGCUCACGGCCACGGCGCUGGUGACCGGAGCCUGCCUGGGCGAGGCAGGUGCCAACAUCAUCGCAGUGUCCAAGGAAGCGCGGAAGCGGUUCCUGGGUCCUCUGCACCCCUCCUUCAACCUGGUGAAGACCAUCCGGAGUUGUCUUCUCAAGACCCUGCCCGCUGACAGCCAUGAGCGUGCCAGCGGGCGCCUGGGCAUCUCCCUGACCCGUGUCUCUGAUGGCGAGAAUGUCAUCAUAUCCCACUUCCACUCCAAGGACGAGCUCAUCCAGGCCAAUGUGUGCAGCACAUUCAUCCCCGUGUACUGUGGCCUCAUCCCGCCCUCCCUCCAGGGCGUACGCUAUGUUGACGGCGGCAUCUCAGACAACCUGCCCCUGUAUGAGCUCAAGAACACCAUCACUGUGUCCCCCUUUUCGGGAGAGAGUGACAUCUGCCCGCAGGACAGCUCCACCAACAUCCAUGAGCUCCGGGUGACCAACACCAGCAUCCAGUUCAACCUACGCAAUCUCUACCGCUUGUCCAAGGCUCUGUUCCCGCCCGAGCCCACGGUGCUGCGGGAGAUGUGCAAGCAGGGCUAUCGGGAUGGCCUGCGUUUCCUGAGGCGGAACGGCCUCCUGAACCGACCCAACCCCCUGCUGGCGCUGCCCCCUGCACACCCCCAUGACCCCAAGGACGAGGAUGUGGAGGACAACCAGGAGGCCACAGAGAGGGCCCUAGUGGACAGCCACUCGCAGCCAGCCCUGGAGGAUCAUAUCCUGGAACAUCUGCCCGCGCGGCUCAAUGAAGCCCUGCUGGAGGCCUGCAUAGAGCCCAAGGAUCUGCUGAGCACCUUCUCCAACAUGUUACCCGUGCGUCUGGCCACUGCCAUGAUGGUGCCCUACACUCUGCCUCUGGAGAGUGCUGUGUCCUUUACCAUCCGCUUGCUGGAGUGGCUGCCUGACGUCCCCGAGGACAUCCGGUGGAUGAAGGAGCAGACGGGUAGCAUCUGCCAGUACCUGGUGAUGCGUGCCAAGAGGAAGCUGGGAAGCCACCUGCCCUCCAGGCUGUCUGAGCAGAUGGAGCUCCGCCGCACCCAGUCCCUGCCCUCCGUGCCACUGUCCUGUGCUGCCUACAGCGAGGCGCUGCCCAGCUGGAUGCGCAAAAACCUCUCACUAGGGGACGCUCUGGCCAAGUGGGAGGAAUGCCAGCGCCAGCUGCUGCUGGGCCUUUUUUGCACCAACGUGGCCUUCCCACCUGAUGCCCUGCGCAUGCCUGCUGGCGCUGGUCCUGCCCCUAGGCCCCCACAGCUCCCACCCUCCUCGCCCCCGUGCUGAGCACCCUUGCACCACCUGUCCCAGCCCCCCUGGGGUCCCAGUGCUGAGGGCUGGGCCCCCCAGCUUCCCUGCCCUGUGAGGUGGGGCCCUGGGAUGGGCUGAGAUCCCCUCCCGGGCCUCUCUCUCACCCCUGCAGGAGUCAGAAGAUGGGGCCCCUCACAGCUGCUAGAAGGGGACUUGUGGUCAACCCUUCCACCAACCACUCCCUCGCUGCCCCUGUAGGGAGGGUACCCAAGACCCCUGCCCUCACCUGUGCCUUCAUCUCCCCCCAGGCUCCGCCCCAGAGUUGGGGCAGAGGGCGGGGCCCCCAGCACCUGGUGCCCCCUAGUCCAAGCAGUAUUACUUCUGAGAACUUUGCACCUGCUCCUCCCUCCUCGUUUGUCAUGUUUUGCUGAGGAACAUAUGUGAAGAAUUAUUUAUUUUUGCCAAAGCAGAUGUAAUAAAUGCCACAGCUCA